AUGUGCCCCAAUUGGAGCGAGAAGCUACGAUUUUUUCUCGUAGCCAGCGAGGCCGCCGCAGCCUUAGUUUUUGCGCGCCGCGGUUUUCUAUCGUCAAGGAUCAGGGCACAAUGGGCGCGGAUCACCGAAGUCGGUCGCGUCCAAUUGUCUCCGCGGACUCGGCGGCGGCUGGAGGUCGGAGUCGUCCGUUAUUCGCGCACUGCGGAGGCAACGGACGUUAGAACGAGC